AUGCUCCCAGAGACGAUACGACAGCAGCAAAUCGACACCACCAUCAGAUUCUCAGGAUUCGAUUCGCUUGGGACAAAUCCAGAUUUCCGAUUCGACUACUGGUAUGGAGUACGAGAGGCAUUGCACGAUAUCGGGGUGUGUGUCCACACAGCACGGGUCCCACCUUUUUCCGGCAUCCAGAACCGAGCCGAGGCGCUACGCAGUUAUAUCGAACGGACGGUCCCACAUGGAACGGAACUGAACUUGAUCGGUCACUCUAUGGGCGGACUCGACUGUCGAUACCUCAUCUCUCACCUCCAGUCCCCGCACUUCAAAGUGCGGUCCUUGACCACACUCGGAACACCACAUCGAGGAUCGCCCUUUGCCGAUUAUGUCAUGUCGGAUAUUGUGGGGCGCGCACGGCUGGAGGCGUUCUGGACACUGCUGGGACUGGUCGGGAUUGAGCGUGGUGCGGCAGAGAACUUGACGACCUACUAUCUCAAAAAUGAAUUCAACCCCAACACACCCAACCAGCCUGGGGUUUCCUAUUUCAGCUACGCAGCGUCCUUCGAGCCGGGUUACUUUUCUCGGUUCCGGUUCCCCUGGCAAGUGAUUAUGGACCGGGAGGGACCCAACGAUGGACUGGUGAGCGUCAAGAGUGCUCAAUGGGGGAAGUAUAUCAGAACGAUUCCGAAUGCCGACCACAUGGAUCUGAUGAACUGGGUCAAUGCCCUGGCAUGGAGUCGAGCCCGGUUUCCUUGGGCUCUAGGUGGGUCGAGUCAUGAUCCUGAAGGGCGACCCAAGGGUGCGUUCGAGACGGAUAAUGAUGAUGAGGGGGAUCGGAACUCUCCGAAGGAAGAGCCAGCUCUGUUCAAUGCCAUUGAGUUGUACCUCGAGAUCUCUGACAUGCUGCACGAGCAUGAUCUGUAG